UCUACUUAAUUAAGCUUAAAUUAAUAAUGGGACUCCACCAUAAUCUAUAAUUAACCCUCAUCAUUCUCUUUUUCUUUUUUAUAUUAUUACUGCUAUUAUUUCUUGUCAAACACCCAAAAAAAAACUAACACUGUUCUUACACGCCAAAAUUUUACUAAAUAAACCUCCAUUUUGCAUGGGACACCACAGAUUCACCCUUCGCCUUAUAUAAAUCUAUCUUCAUCUCCCUCGUUUCUCCAAUUAUUCAUUUUCACAUCUCACAACUCACAAACCCAUCUUUUUCUUAUUAUUGCUUUUUUUUUCUUUCUCUCUCUCUCUUCAUUUUCCUUGCUUACCCACAUUGCCGGAUUCUUUCCUUUACCGGGCCAUGGCGGUUGGGUUUCAGAUGAUCCGGUUCAUAUCGUCUGGGUAGGUAGUGGAAUGUAGAGAGAGAGAGAGAAAGAGCUGAAAGAAGAAGAAAAAAACUAACGAUGGAGUUUGAGAGAAGUAGAGAACUAUUGCUCCUCUGGUGUAGAAUCCGAAUCACUCGAGUAGCCCUCGUGGGUGGAAACCACACCGCUUCCAGGUUUUGUACUCGCUAGUUCCUCCAUUUUCUUCCUGAUUGUUAGAUUCAUUUGUCUCUGUUCUAUAUCAAAUUUUCGAACAAUUUGCUGUUCUGGGUUUUACUUUUUUCUGUUGAGAAACGAAAAAAAUUUAAAGCUUAAUUGAUCAUUCAAUUCUCAAGCUCUGCUUUGGCUAAGCUAGGGAUCGGAUCUAGCUGUUUUCCUAAUAAAAGUUUAAAAGGGAAACAGUUAUGGAAUUGGCUCCUGGGAGUGGUAGAGCCAAGAACAAAAACAUGAGCAAGCAUGUCCAUGGUGAAAGAAUGGGGUUGAAUUCAAAUACCCUUUUGGUCAUUAAGCUUCCUGAUCCAAAGGUUUUGCGUGUAAUUUCUCGGUCAGUGUUUCUGGCUGUGAUUUUCAUUACAUUCCCAUGUAUUGGGUCCAUAAUGAGAUGGAGCUCAGCUGAUUCUGGUUCCAGCUUCGAGACUGGUGCCAUUGAUUUUGAGCAAUUAGAUGUGCUUCUCCGUGAUUUGGUCGACGAGGGGCUUCUAUUGAAGAAUAAUAAGGCUUUGGUUGUUAGCCCCAUUGUUCCUAGUACCGUUCACAAGCUUAAAAACUUUGAUGCUAAUCAAAUGGACAUGGUAAUGGAUACGGCUUUGGAGGGCCAAAGCUCAUUCUCUGAAGAGUUGUUUGAUUUUGUCUACGCAUCCAAUUUGGCUGUAGACGUUGAGUUUGUGGAUCAUAUUGUGAAAAUUGGUGGGAUUUUGGCAUUCCCCUUAAGCAAUGAGAAGGCAAUCACUCUACGGGAUAUGACCAAUUAUAAGAUCGCUUAUCUAAGGCGAUAUUCAUCCACCAUUGUAGCCAUGAGGAAAAUUGGCUCUACAGAAGCUUCUUCAGCUUCUAAUUAUUCCCCAAAGAGACGGCUUUUGGGAUUGGCAACUGAGGCCAAGAAAGCCGCAGCUUUAGAAGAUUUGGAAGAAGCAUUGCUCGAGCCACCGAGAUGGCCUAUAAAAAACUUGAAGAACUACUCAAGGAAGAUCAAGUUCCUUCCCCAUUUGAUGGGAAACUCUCUCGACGGUUUUAGGCGUCGAGUCUUUGUUAAUGUGGGGUUGCCUGAAGAUAAAAGGGAUGUAAAUCAAUGGUUUCAUCAAGAUUACCCAAAAAUGGAGCAAGAGUUUGAGGUUUACAACCUUGAUUUGGAGCCUGAAGAAGGGGCUAUUAGUAGUGGAGUGAUUUUUCAAGAGAAUGAUGUCCCCGAUUGGCUGAAGAUAAAUGUGCGUGAAGAAGAGUAUGUUGUGAUGAAGGCAGAAGCAGGAGUGGUAGAGGAGAUGGUGAAGAGGAAAACAAUGCAUUUGGUGGACGAGUUGUUUUUAGAGUGCAACAACCAAUGGUGGAAGGGAGAAAAUAAGAGUAAGAGGGCUUAUUGGGAAUGCUUGGAUUUGUAUGGAAGAGUUAAAGAUGAGGGAGUUGCUGUCCACCAAUGGUGGGGUUGAGGCAAACUUAUGUUAUUUUUUAUCUUUAAUCUAUUUUGUGUCGGUGUCAUGUGAAACCAACAACUGAAUAUGUACUAGUAUUAAAUAAGCAUGGGAGAGUUUUAAUGUUGGGUUUGUGAUUUGUGUUAUGUUAAGCUUAAGCUUUCUAUGAAUGGAGGCUUUGGUAAAAUAAAAGUGUGUGUCGUUUGCAAUUUGUAAUUUAUGGGAAUGCCACGUGAGGAGAAUGACUUAUGUGUAUCCUCCUUUUGGCCCUUGUCUUAAAAUUAUAAUAUUAAUAAGAUGUUUUAUCAUCUUUGUGUGCUUUCUUAAAA